AUGUGGAGCCGUCCUACGCAUUUUGCAUGCGAACGUGCUGUAUACACAGUGCGCACGAUAUCUUAUUAUCCGUUGAUUCAGCACAUUGAGAACUUCAUCACUCCAAAAGAGAUCGAGCAUCUAAAACAAGUUGCUGAAGCAAGAUACACCCGGUCAACGAUCGGUGUUGGAGUUUCCGAUACACGCAAUAGCUCGACCGCCUACAUUCCUGCAGAUGAUCCCAUUGGUAUCUGCAUCCAAGCUAGAGCAGCUGAAUUUCAAGGAUACAUGAAUUUGAAACUGAUGGAGACCCUUCAGCUUACGAAGUAUACUAAGGAUCAAUUGUUUCUCGAUCAUUACGACUUCAAACACAACGAUGAGAUUUCUCCAGGGACAUAUAACCGAGAGACAACUUUCUUCGGAAUCCUUGAAGCCACCUGCGAAGAAUGUGGCACACGAUUUCCUCGAAUUCAGGCAAACUGGACGCAUGAGGACCCACGAUGGUGCCGAAUAGUGGACUGCGAUGCAGCUGACUUGGUUGUCAAACCUACCCCAGGCAGUGCAACCUUCUGGGUCAAUUUGUUGCCCGAUGGGACGGGAAACGAAGAUCUGCUACAUGGUGGCCUCCCCCCGCAGGCAGAAUCUGGCAAGAAGAUUGGAUUGAACAUCUGGACACUGAAGCUUGUCUAA